UUAAGAUCAUAACAACAAAAUGUAACAAAUUAAAACAUUUAAUAAAACAACUAUGUUUUGCAACUAUAAUUCGUUAUGCGUGCCUUAAAUAAUAAGAUUUAAAAUUAAAUAACUAAAAAAGUGUGUUUUAAACGAAAUAAACCAACAUUAAUCAUUAAAUCAGUGUCUUCAUUUUAAAACAGCGACAGUCAUCCUCCAUUUUGGAUUAUUUUGAAAUAACGUUACGUCAUUGUCGCGAUCGGAUUUUGAAAAGUUAAGAUGGCGAAUGUCGGUAAAGUGUUGGCUACAAUAAAAGCUGUGAUUACAAGAUUAGUUUUUGCUUGCCACGGGAUUAUUGCAAUAUGGCAAGUUACAGUAUUUAAAGAUGAUAUAGAGUAUUGGUAUCUAGCGUCGCCUAUAAUGUUGUUAAUUUUCGAAGGAGUUUUUACUUUGACGAUCAAGGAGAAUCAAGAAUGGAAAUGGUUCUGUCCGUCUGUCUUCAUAUACCUCGGCCUGGUGGUGCCAGCGAUCUGGCUGCUGGAGCUGCACAAGGUGGAUCUCAGGCUGCAGAAGAAGAUGAUCAACCAGACCUAUGUCGAGACGGACCUCCCGAUCCCCGGAGCCACCAAGAUCCCCACCGACAUGUGGGUGACCUUGAUCGAGCAGUUCCUCAUGCUGACCCUCAUUGUCGGGCGCUGGCUGCUGCCCAAAGGGGAUCUUACGAGAGACCAGCUCAGUCAACUGCUUCUUGUUUAUAUAGGCACUGCAGCAGACAUAAUAGAAUUCUUCGACUCCUUCAAAGAUGAGAAGGUGGCGACAGAGAAGGUGCUCGUCCUCCUAACCCUGGCCAUCUGGUCCUGGUCUCUGAUGCAGUUCACCGUCGUACUAACAGCUACGAAGUCCAGAAAGUCAAGGGGAACAGCUAAUAGGUCUGACAUAAACAGUCGAGCAUGUUGCUGUUCUAUCGAAGUGUGUGCUAUUAUCAUGAAUAUAGCGCUGCAAGACGCUCCGUUCUUGGCCUUUAGACUCCUCAUCAUUUGUCAUUACAAGAUCAUCAACUAUAUGAAUAUAUUCUUCACUUGUAAGAAUACUUUGGUGAUCUUACUGCAAAUAUACCGACUGUAUGUGCUACACCUGGAGACGGUAGACGAAGGGAACGGCGGCUCCGUCUACCGGAAGAAGACAAAACAUAGGAAUCCUGACAGGAAAGAGAAGGAUAAAAAACACAGUAAACACAAAUCGAAGAAGCAUAAGAAAAAACAUGAGAUCGGCGAGACUUCCAUCUCAGUGAUCAGUGAUAGACGACAUGACAGGGGCGACGCCGGCCGCAUCAGAGCAAUAAUUCUGACAAAUUCCGAUGAAAUUAAAGAGCUCGAGCUUUCGAAGUUAUUCAAAGACCAAAUAUCUACUGAAAAUGAGAAGAAAAAGGGAGCAAAAAAGAAACAAAAAUCAGAGAGUUCAGAAGAAUCUUUAAAUAACGUUCAUCAUACAACGGACGACUCAGGCAUUUGA